AUGAAUUCGAAAAAAGUUCAGCUGCUAAAAACUAAACGUAUAAAAAAUGCGUCUACGGUAUUAUUGGAGAUGUUGACUGAGGAGCUGGGUAAUAUGUUGGAGGAAAACAUACUAACACUGGAAGAUCCUCACGAAUACAGGUUGGCAUUACGAAUUAACACAGAAAAUUUUGACAAACUGCUUAAACUGAUAGAAUGCUCUAUUCAAUGUCAAGAUACAAUAAUGAGAGAGGCAUUACCGGGAAAAAUAAAGUUGGUGGUAACAUUAACAUAUUUAGCCACUGGAAUGUCUUACCGAAGCCUUAGCCACUUGUACCGUGUUUCUAAACCCUCAAUUUCGCUGUUUAUACCAGAAGUAUGUCGGGCAAUUUAUGCAGCAUUAAAACAAUAUAUUAAGUUUCCAGAAACGAAAGAAGGAUGGAAAAUAAUAAUUGAAAAUGGGUUUAGAACGAAAUGGAAUUUUCCCUUAUGUUAUGGGUCAAUAGACGGAAAACAUGUGGAAAUUAAAGCUCCCUGGAAAAGUGGCAGUCAAUUUUUUAAUUAUAAAAAAAAUAAGUAUAGUAUUGUAUUUUUAGCUGUUGCUGACCACAACUACUGUUUUACCUAUAUCGAUGUGGGCGCGAGUGGUAGUGCAUCUGAUGGCGGCGUUUUCAAGAACUGUUCACUUCACCAAUACCUGGAAAAUGGAUUUUUGCCGGAAAACGGAGUCAUGGUUGGAGAUGCGGCAUUCCCGCUAAAAAAAUAUUUAAUAAAACCGUAUCCAGGUGUUAAUCUUAGUGCAGAACAGAAGAUUUUUAAUUACAGGCUGUCACGUGCCAGACGUAUAGUCGAAAAUGCUUUUGGGAUCUUAGUCAGUAGAUUCCGAAUUUUUGAAAAGCCAAUAUCUACUAAUUUGAGCACAGUGGAUGCAAUCAGAAGAUCACGGAGAGACGAAAUAACUCCCUUACAGAGUAUUGCCAAUCAAGGGAGCAAUCAUUCAGCAGAAGCCAGAGAAAAAAGAGACCUGUACAAAAAAAUAUAA